AUGGUGGAGACAGAGAAUUAUAGCACCAGGGAGGAGACAGAGAAUCAUAGAACCAGGGUGGAGACAGAGAAUCAUAGAACCAGGGUGGAGACAGAGAAUCAUAGAACCAUGGUGGAGACAGCGAAUUACAGAACCAGGGUGGAGACAGAGAAUCAUAGAACCAGGGUGGUGGCAGAGAAUUAUAGAACCAGGGUGGAGACAGAGAUUUAUAGAACCAGGGUGGAGACAGAGAAUCAUAGAACCAGGGUGGAGACAGAGAAUCAUAGAACCAGGGUGGAGACAGAGAAUCAUAGAACCAGGGUGGAGACAGAGAAUUAUAGAACCAGGGUGGAGACAGAGAAUUAUAGAACCAGGGUGGAGACAGAGAAUUAUAGAACCAGGGUGGAGACAGAGAAUUAUAGAACCAGGGUGGAGACAGAGAAUUAUAGAACCAGGGUGGAGACAGCGAAUUACAGAACCAGGGUGGAGACACAGAAUUAUAGAACCAGGGUGGUGACAGAGAAUUAUAGAACCAGGGUGGAGACAGAGAUUUAUAGAACCAGGGUGGAGACAGAGAAUUAUAGAACCAGGGUGGAGACAGAGAUUUAUAGAACCAGGGUGGAGACAGAGAAUUAUAGAACCAGGGUGGUGGCAGAGAAUUAUAGAACCAGGGUGGAGACAGAGAAUUAUAGAACCAGGGUGGAGACAGAAAAUUAUAGAACCAGGGUGGAGACACAGAAUUAUAGAACCAGGGUGGUGGCAGAGAAUUAUAGAACCAGGGUGGAGACAGAGAUUUAUAGAACCAGGGUGGAGACAGAGAAUUAUAGAACCAGGGUGGUGGCAGAGAAUUAUAGAACCAGGGUGGAGACAGAGAAUUAUAGAACCAGGGUGGAGACAGAGAAUUAUAGAACCAGGGUGGAGACAGCGAAUUAUAGAACCAGGGUUGAGACAGAGAAUUAUAGAACCAGGGUGGAGACAGAGAAUUAUAGAACCAGGGUGGAGACAGAGAAUUAUAGAACCAGGGUGGAGACAGAGAAUUAUAGAACCAGGGUGGAGACAGAGAAUUAUAGAACCAGGGUGGAGACAGAGAUUUAUAGAACCAGGGUGGAGACAGAGAAUUACAGAACCAGGGUGGAGAUAGAGAAUUAUAGAACCAGGGUGGAGACACAGAAUCAUAGAACCAGGGUGGUGACAGAGAAUUAUAGAACCAGGGUGGAGACACAGAAUCAUAGAACCAGGGUGGAGACAGAGAAUUACAGAACCAGGGUGGAGAUAGAGAAUUAUAGAACCAGGGUGGAGACACAGAAUCAUAGAACCAGGGUGGUGACAGAGAAUUAUAGAACCAGGGUGGAGACACAGAAUCAUAGAACCAGGGUGGUGACAGAGUAUUACAGAACCAGGGUGGAGACAGAGAAUUACAGAACCAGGGUGGAGACAGAGAAUUACAGAACCAGGGUGGAGACAGAGAAUUAUAGAACCAGGGUGGAGACAGAGAAUUAUAGAACCAGGGUGGAGACAGCGAAUUACAGAACCAGGGUGGAGAUAGAGAAUUAUAGAACCAUGGUGGAGACAGAGAAUUAUAGAAUCAGGGUGGAGACAGAGAAUUAUAGAACCAUGGUGGAGACAGCGAAUUACAGAACCAGGGUGGAGACAGAGAAUUAUAGAACCAGGGUGGAGACAGAGAAUUAUAGAACCAGGGUGGAGACAGAGAUUUAUAGAACCAGGGUGGAGAUAGAGAAUUAUAGAACCAGGGUGGAGACAGAGAAUUAUAGAACCAGGGUGGAGACAGAGAAUUAUAGAACCAGGGUGGAGACAGAGAAUUAUAGAACCAGGGUGGAGACAGAGAAUUAUAGAACCAGGGAGGAGACAGAGAAUUAUAGAACCAGGGUGGAGACAGAGAUUUAUAGAACCAGGGUGGAGACAGAGAAUUACAGAACCAGGGUGGAGACAGAGAAUUAUAGAACCAGGGUGGAGACAGAGAAUUAUAGAACCAGGGAGGAGACAGAGAAUUAUAGAACCAGGGUGGAGACAGAGAUUUAUAGAACCAGGGUGGAGACAGAGAAUUACAGAACCAGGGUGGAGACAGAGAAUUAUAGAAUCAGGGUGGAGACAGAGAAUUAUAGAACCAGGGUGGAGACAGAGAAUUAUAGAACCAGGGUGGAGACAGAGAAUUAUAGAACCAGGGUGGAGACAGAGAAUUAUAGAACCAGGGAGGAGACAGAGAAUUAUAGAACCAGGGUGGAGACAGAGAUUUAUAGAACCAGGGUGGAGACAGAGAAUUACAGAACCAGGGUGGAGACAGAGAAUUAUAGAAUCAGGGUGGAGACAGAGAAUUAUAGAACCAGGGUGGAGACAGAGAAUUACAGAACCAGGGUGGAGACAGAGAAUUACAGAACCAGGGUGGAGACAGAGAAUUACAGAACCAGGGUGGAGACAGAGAAUUAUAGAAUCAGGGUGGAGACAGAGAAUUAUAGAACCAGGGUGGAGACAGAGAAUUACAGAACCAGGGUGGAGACAGAGAAUUAUAGAACCAGGGUGGUGACAGAGUAUUACAGAACCAGGGUGGUGACAGAGAAUUACAGAACCAGGGUGGAGACAGAGAAUCAUAGACCAGAGUGA